AGGACUGCUACUGACUUCAACUUUAGUUUGCUCACGAGCCGUCCUGACAAACACUUAGUAUACAUCCGUAUGUGAGAGGAGGAGCUUGAGGGAAAUGAAUCUGCUCCCCAGAGUCUCUGCUAAGCUGCAUGUGGCUACUCUUUCAGACAUCACAAAGGUCAAAUCCCAAGACGCUUUCAUCAGGGCCGUGUGUGCUGCUGAGCCUCUUGUUGUGAUCAAUGCAGUGGGCGUUUUAAAGGAGCUGAAGUUUUUGCUGCUGAUCCAGUCCAUAUCAGAACUUCUGUGUCAGUACUCCUGCCAAUUGGCAUCUACUGCAGGACGAGGCCUUAAGAGUUGUGCUGAGCUGGCUGCUAAACUGAAUGCUGCAGUGAGAGCUUCUCGAGCUCGUGGAGCUUCUGGCCGUGUCCCCGGUGAGCUGCGGGUCAGCCAGACGGGAAAGACUGCUCCUCCUCUAAGUUAUUAAUCACAUUCAUGCUGUUUGUUUGUCUUAUUGUCUUGUUUGAGGAUCCAUACAUUUUGUUUUUUAUCAAUUAAACGA